AUGGCUAACAAUUUUCCUCUUACGCCUUUCCCUUCCACCCCUUCUCGCAGUACGUGUCCCAUCAACGUAAAGCUAGCCAUAGGAGAUGCGCUAACAAGUUCAGAAACCCCACACCCCUCAUACACGCCAACCACUAACUCGCCUUUUAUUGAAACACGUGCCACCACGUAUGAAGAACUUAUCCAAUCGCUUGAUGUGCAAGCGGGCAGCUUGCAGUAUCUCCCUUCUGACGCUGAAGUUGACAAACUCUUCGAUGAAAUUCAUGAAGGGCCUUCGCUGAAGUCAUCGAGUCGUUGUUCCAGCACACCCAAGCUUGCAUUUGGCACAUAUCGGGAAGAUAGCGUUUACAUAGCCCAGGUCUAUGUCUAUCUUCGCUCUCCUUCGUUCAAAAAUACCGAGCCGUCCAUGGUGUUUGGUAAGCGUAUGGCAAACACUAAGUAUACUGUCAUGAACACAAAGGACAUCAAUUGCGCAGAUGGUAUGCUCCAGGCCAACAAGUUUUGGAGGCCCUUUAUCAAAGAUGGCAAGUUCGAGCUUGACGCAGUUAAGGCUGUUCUGAAAGCUCUCUUUAUUCGCAAAGGUAUUACUCUAUCGGCUCCAAUACCGGUGGGUGGUUCAGUUUUCCGUUCAAACUUAGUCCUAGGAUGCGAGAUGUUCAGGAUCUCCAAGCAGAGCCGUAGGAUUUUGGAGAAGACACCUAAGCAAGUUGAUAAGAGCGCGAAUGCAAUAGAUGUAUCUAGGGCGCAGUCCUCAUCGCCAGCCAUGUCAAUCACCUCCUCAACAAUCUUUCCGGUUGCACCUACGGCUCAGAUAUACAGCCAGAACGAACUCAGCUGCCAUGCAGAUGCCAAUAGACCUCUAUUCGUUGAUUUGAGCAAGAAGCGUCAUAGUUCGCGGCUCGCUAUCACUGAACAGGAUACAAUCAAAGUCGAAGCCAACAAAAGCGUAACUACCAGUAAGCUUGCCGCGGUUGAUAACCUGAAUUCAGACGCUCUCCUCUUUCCAGGAAAUCAACUAGAAGAAGUCGGCGAAGAACCUCCCUUCAUUCCUGAAGAUGAUCCAGAAGAACUUUCAGAAGAACCCGAGGAAUCAUCUGUCUCUAAAACCGAUACUCCGAAGCCUAGCAAAGACCUUCAGAAAAAGAUCGAUGAAAUGACAGCCCAGGUAACCCGUCACAUUACUACUCUUGAAGAGCUUCGUCGAGAAAAGGAGCAGUUUGAUGCUAAAUAUGAGCGUAAGAGACGAGCAUUCGAAGAAAGGAUCAGCGUUGAGGAUCAAGAUAAGGUUAGCAAGAUAACUGAGAUUGAGUCAAAGUCUCAGACUAUGCGAGAGAGGCUUGAGGCUGAGAAACACCAACUGGGUGUAAUGACUCCAGAGAUGAUGGCUGUCUGGGAGUUAUCUCGUAAAUUCGUGUGCAAGGAAUAUGGCAUCAAGGAAGGUUUGCCGUCGAAGCGUCAAAAGACUAGCCACUAG